CGGGACCCCCCUCAUGACCCGCCGUGUCUCCCCCUCCCUCAGCCCCGGCCCAGAGCGGCUGCUCGGACGAGUUCGCCCUCGACUGCACCUUUGCCGCCUGUGACCCCGAGCACACAGGGACGGUGCUGCCGCAGCGGGUGGUGGAGUACGUGGCGUCGGUGACGGGGCGCAGCAGGCGCGAGGGGCGGCUGCAGGAGCUGCGGCGGGCGCUGGACCCCCGGGCCUCGGGGGCCGCGCUGGACCCGGCCCGGUUCCGCGCGGCCAUGGGCGCCUGGAUCGCGGCCUGUCGGCGGGACGGGAGCGCGUGGCUGGGCGAGGAGCAGGAGGACACGGAGAGCAGCGAGCCCAGACCGGCGCUGGCUGAGGAGGAUGCCCACACAGCCCUGGCAGCCACCAAGCUCCAGGGUGGCAUCGGCGAUGUCACCAGCCCCGCCGAGGCCGCGGGGCUGCGCAGCCGGGCCAGGCAGCUGGCCGACCACAACACCAAGCUGCAGCGGGACGCCGAGCUGGCCGAGGAGCUCAACGCCCGCCUGGCCGAGGAGACGGCCCAGCUCCAGGCUCAGCUGCGGAGCAGCCGGCAGGCGCUGGAGCAGGCCAGGGCGGCCGCCGAGGAGCUGGAGGACCUGAAGGCCGUGGCGAAGGGGCUGGAGGAGGAGAACGGGGAGCUGCGGCGGCAGGCGCGGCACAUGGAGAAGGAGCAGCGGAGCCUGUGCUCGCGGGCCGAGGGUCUCCAGGAGGAGAACCAGCGGCUGCUCGCCGAGGGCCAGGGGCUGCGGGAGCAGAUCCAGGCGCAGGCGGCCCGCGUGGCCGACCUGGAGGCCCAGCUCUGCAGGGGCACCGCGCUCCUCUCUGCCCGGGACGCCGCCCUGGCCCAGGCGGGGCGGCGGGCGCAGGAGCUGGCCGUGGCACUGGAGGAGUACGACCGGGCGGUGCAGGAACUGCGGCUGGAGACAAUGCAGCUGCGGCAGCAGCUGGGCCGGAUGAGGGACGCCUGGGCCAUGCGCCCCUGGUGCCCCCUGGACCAGGCCACGGACGUGGCGGCCGCGGCGGCGCCGAGCCGGGUAAGGGAGGGGGCACCGGGGUCCCUGAGGGCUCCCCACAGCCCCUGACCCCCCCUCCCCGUGUGACCCCCGGCCCGCUGCCCUGCCCAGGGG